CCGCGAGAGGCGGCGAGCAGCAGAGGUCCAAACCAUGAAUUACGUUGGACAGUUAGCAGGGCAAGUGUUUGUGACCGUGAAGGAGCUUUAUAAGGGACUAAACCCAGCCACAUUGUCAGGAUGUAUUGAUAUAAUUGUUGUACGUCAGCCAGAUGGAAAUCUUCAGUGUUCCCCUUUCCAUGUGCGCUUUGGGAAAAUGGGAGUUCUGCGUUCUAGGGAGAAAGUGGUUGACAUAGAAAUUAAUGGAGAGGCUGUAGAUUUGCACAUGAAACUAGGAGACAAUGGAGAGGCCUUUUUUGUGCAAGAGAUGGAUAGUGAUCAGGAGGUAAUUCCUUAUCAUCUCUGCACAUCUCCUAUUCAGUCUGAGGGAACUGCUUUAAUGGAAGCUCAUCUGAAGAGGAACUCCAUAGACAGGAUAAGAAGCCUGGAUGCCAGUACAUCCUCUCAAGUACCAGCUCAAUCUCAUGGAUCUCAACCUUCUACUGAAACAUCUCCAGUCUGUAGCUCUGUGAAAAAAAGGAGGAAAAAGAGGAGGAAGUCUAGCCACAAAAUAGACAGCUUAAAACGAGAAGAUGGUGGAGACACAUCAGAAGAUGAAGACAUGUUUCCUAUAGAGAUUAGCUCAGAGGAAGAAAAAGAACCAGUGGACAAUUCAAGGAUCCCUGUUCCAGAUGUGUGUGCUGAUGAGGUAUCUGACAAGAAUGCUCCUGCAGUUUCUACAUUUUCCCAGUCUGCAUCUUACCCUCAUUCAGAUGGAGAAUGGUCACCUCUUCAAAGUAAGCCUAUAGAUUGCACAGGGCAAUCUUAUCUUCUCACUGUUCCAGCAGAUGGAGGCCUAUCUAAUUCUUGUCCUCAACAAUCUUCUCACUUUUCUCCUCCAGACAGCCCAUCAGAUUCACGUCCUUCUACACCUAAAAGUGACUCAGAACUGGUCAGCAAACCUGUGGACAGAAGUGGACUGAAGAAUAAUCCUCAAAUGCACUGGGCAUGGGGAGAACUACCCCAGGCUGCAAAGGCCAGUUCUCUGCUCAAAGCAAAGGAAUCCAGCAUGUUGGAUGUAAAUCCUUCUGAAAGUGCCCACUUCCGGGUUAUCCAGAGUUCUCCUACAGAGGAGUUUAACACUGUGUCUCCUCUGCCUGCCCUUGGACAAGCAGAUGCAACAACUGCUGAUGAAAGUGAAUCUCCACCAGCUGAGACAAAUAAGCUGACAGAGUCGCCAGAAGCAGCUGUACCACCUCUGGCUGCCAAUGAAGAAAUCAAACAAGCUGCAGCUUGCUCAGCCCAACUACCUGGCAAGACAGAUUCCCCUUCCAGAAAAAAAGACAAACGAAGCCGGCAUCUUGGUUCUGAUGGUGUCUAUUUAGAUGACCUCACUGACAUGGAUCCAGAAGUUGCUGCACUUUAUUUCCCCAAGAAUGGGGAUAAUGCUCAAAGCAAGAACACGAACGACAUGGGGCUGCAGUCUGCCAGCCACUCUCCGCAGUCUGUUGGAAGCUCAGGUGUUGACAGUGGGGUUGAAAGCACCUCGGAUGGAAUUCGAGAUUUGCCCUCCAUUGCCAUUUCUCUCUGCGGAGGCCUCACUGAUAACAAAGAAAUUACCAAAGAAAUGUUCUUAGAACAUGCAGUAACAUAUCAGCAGUUUGUGGACAAUCCUGCUAUUAUUGAUGACCCUAACCUUGUGGUUAAGAUUGGAAAUAAGUACUACAACUGGACGACAGCUGGUCCACUUCUGCUGGCAAUGCAGGCGUUCCAGAAACCUUUGCCAAAGGCCACUGUGGAAUCUAUAAUGAGGGACAAGAUGCCCAAAAGAGGUGGAAGGUGGUGGUUUUCAUGGCGAGGGAGGAACAGCACUAUUAAAGAGGAAACAAAGCCAGAGCAAGGUAUGAGUAGGAGUGGACUUACAGAAGACUCUUCACAGAUGAAUAUGACAAACAGAGUAAAAGAUGAAUCUUCUUCAAGCGAUGAAGACCCUAGAGCUGCUAAACAAAACCUUGGGGCAUUACAGAACAACUCAAGUCAUGUUUCAAUGUUGUCUGGAAUCAGUUACAAAAAAACACUUCGACUCACUUCUGACCAGCUUAAAAGCCUAAAGCUGAAGAAUGGCCCCAAUGAUGUGACCUUUAGCGUUACAACACAGUAUCAAGGCACUUGCCGCUGUGAAGGCACCAUUUACCUAUGGAAUUGGGAUGAUAAAGUUGUUAUUUCUGACAUUGAUGGAACAAUCACACGGUCGGAUACUUUAGGUCAUAUUUUGCCAACUCUGGGCAAAGACUGGACACACCAAGGGAUUGCAAAGUUGUACCAUAAAGUGAGCCAAAACGGAUAUAAAUUUUUGUAUUGCUCAGCACGUGCUAUUGGAAUGGCAGACAUGACAAGAGGAUACUUGCACUGGGUCAAUGAACGAGGAACUGUGCUGCCUCAAGGGCCAGUGCUACUGAGUCCAAGCAGCUUAUUCUCAGCUUUUCACAGGGAGGUGAUAGAAAAGAAGCCAGAAAAAUUUAAAGUUCAGUGUUUGACAGACAUCAAAAAUUUAUUUUAUCCCAACACAGAGCCCUUUUAUGCUGCCUUUGGAAACAGACCUGCUGAUGUUUAUUCAUACAAACAGGUGGGAGUUUCAUUAAACAGGAUAUUUACAGUUAACCCUAAAGGAGAGCUUAUACAAGAGCAUGCAAAGACAAACAUCUCAUCCUAUGUCAGACUUUGUGAAGUGGUAGAUCACAUUUUCCCUUUGCUGAAAAGAAGCAAUUCUUCAGACUUCCCUUGUUCUGACACCUACAGCCAGUUCACCUUCUGGAGAGAACCUCUGCCGCCUUUUGAAACUCAGGAUGUGCAUCCCGCCUCAUCUUAACUGCAUCUCCAAAUUGCUUGCCUCAGCUCAAGCAUAAAUUAGCUUGUACUGAAAGGUCACCACUUGGCUUUUGCUGUUGACAGUUCAGCUGGAAUCUGUGAUGUUGUGAACAUUAUAUUCUUUUGCUGUGAACAAAUUUAGAAAUGCUUUUUCAUACUUAGCCACGUUUCCAGAUGACAAAGAGGAGUCUUACUAGGAAUAGGAGUUGCAUUUCUAGGUCUUCAUUCAGCUCCUCAAAUUGUGCCAUACAGUUUCCUUUUUCAAGGUCAAAUAAAAGUAAUGUUGAAGUUGCAGUUAAAAAUGCCAUGAGGUCAUAAAGUGGUUCUGUAUUUUCUGCAUCACUGAUGUCAUCCUUCUCUUCAGAGCGCUCUGCAAGUAAAGGAGAUGAGGGUGCUCACCAUUCCUGUCAUCUGGUGACACGGACAGGGGUUGCAAUCCAUAUGUUAAAAUUCCUUUCUCUGAAGGAACAAAUGAUUCUUUCACUUUCCCCUUGCUUGACCAACAACUGUUUGUUUAAGAUUUAAUUACUGGUCUAGAUCCUCAGCUGUUAUGAAUUAGGGUAGCUAUCAAAACAAGUUGAGCUGUAUCUAUUUAUUCCAGCCAGUUGUUUUGACACUUUCCUGAGGUGAAAAAUGAUGUGUAACCUAAAUAGAAAGCAAAUGAAAUAAGAUGGCCAUAAUCUGGUUGUCUUUUCUCAAUUUAAAAGUACCAUGCUUCAAGAAUAGCAAUUUGGAUAGGUGUGCAAGUGGAAGAUGCAGGGCUGCUGUGGGUACUGCCCAUUUUCCUGAAGUCUUUCAGUAAAGACAUCUUACCCAUAGAAUGUGCUGAGUUUCAAGAUUGUACUGAGCCAAGAACACUGAGGAUUUCUGUCGAAAUGGAAUAGUUUUAUCUGAAACAUUAUUUUGACUACAAUGUGAACUUUGAUGUGGUGAAUGAUGCAUCUCAGGGUUUUACCAUAUAGAUUUAGGUUUCUUUUUUUUCUUUUGUAUCAUAAAGAAUGGAUACUUUUAGUGCAAUUUACUCUCCUCUGAAAUCUUCUCUUCAUCUUUUUUUUUCCCCUUAUUUGUGCAGACACCAGCUGUAGCUACUGGUUUUGCUACCUGCUUCUGACAGCCUUAAAACCUGACUGGAUGUGCUAAAAGCAAUACUGCAGAUCAGUUUUGCAAAUGGUCUGCCUUUACACAAUGCAGUACUUAACUGAAUAUAGACAUCAAAUGACUGUAUGCCAAAUGAUUCUCUUAUGUGCUUUUAGCUAGGAAGAAACUUUUUUUCCCUUUGAAAAUAUAUUUAGAAGUCUAAUUGUUCUCUGAAACACUGAAAAUGGUAUUGUGGGAUUCCAUGUAUAUUGUAUUUCAAUAUGGCUAAAACUGGUUCACAGGCUGUGGUCUCUGCCAGUUUGUGAUCUGUGAGGCCAUGGCAUGUUUUGCAGCUGCUUUGUAGUAUGCUCAGUUAAGAGUUUAAUAAUAGGAAGGCAGAGUGGUCUAGGAGAAAUUUUAAGAUAUAACUGUGGUCAGUUAGCACCCAAAAGUUUGGGAACAGCUGCUCUGUUCCACGGUUGUUCUGUUUCAGUAAAUUCUGGUUUUGCAUGUCAAGAGUGACAGCAAGAUGGGUGGGAUGAUAUUUUAUAGUAGGGGUUUUCUAGCUCUUACUGCUGCGGACUUUAUCUGGGAUGUCAGGGGGCCAAUUUAUGAUUUCUCUGUGCCUUCAACAAUAAAGAAUAUAAGUGCAAUCCUUUAUACAGCUGCAGUGUGCAGUGGUGAGCCCUCCCUGAAGUCUUCCUUUUCACAUGAACAUUGCUGAUUUGGGCAAGGUGCAUGCCCACUUUGGAGAUAGCAGAAAUUUUGGAGAUUCCUCUUAGGAAGAAAUGCAUGUUUAAUGACCUAGAUUGAUCAUACUUUCUUGAAUAUGCCUUUUAAUUUAAAAAAGGAAGAAAUGUGGCAUGGGCAUUCUGAAAGACAAUCAGUGGGGGCUGCAAGUUGCCAAACUGAAAUGGUUGCAUCUCUAAAUAUAGCCAUGCUUUCCUUUAAGUAUCUCUACUUGUCACUAAUGAUUGAAUGGACAGAUCAAUAUACUAAAUGCAUCCUAUUUUAAUUCAGUUUUGGUAAAGGCCUAUCACUAAGUGGCUGUCAGUUUUAUUGUUCUUAUCUUUAACAGUAGUUAUGGUCUGUUUUCCUGAGGUGUGACACACAAUAACUUCCUCUAGAAAAGAUGGUCCCUGGAAGUUCUCCGCAAUUAAAGCCUGUGAUUUAUUUAUUUAUGACUUUAUUUAUGACCUAACUGCAAUUUAAUCCAGGGUUGGGUGUUUGGUUGUUUUAUUUUUUUCCAUUAGUAUUUCAAACCAAAUCAUAGUGUGAAUGAGUGGCCAUUUUAAUUCUGUCAGAUGUGUAAGCUUGAUGCAGCACUGGUACAGGUGACCCUGAGAUGCUGUGAAAUCUCCAUCCUGGAGUUUUUCAAGACUUGGUUAAACAGUUAUGGCUGACUUGAUCAAGUGUUGGCAAUCGUCUGCUUCAAGCAUGAAGUUGGACUGGAUGACCUCCAGGGGUCCCUUCUGACCAACAUUUCUGUGAUUCUGUGAAGUUAACUGCCUUACUUCUGACAUGCUGUAUAACCUUUGUAUCUGCAGGCUGAAAUAGAGAUUUGACAGUGAAAGGAAUGUGUCAUUCUAUAACUAAUGUUUAUCAAAUUUGCUCGCAGAAGAGACUUCUGACAAGCAAAGUUUUGACCUUCCAGAAACAUCACCAUACUUCUUCAGAGUAUAAGAUCUUGUGAUUUGGUAGCUGAGCAAUUUUAUGCAUACUAUCUGAUCUGUUUUGAUUAUUCAUGUAGAAGAAAAAAGGAUAGUUUAACAAAUUCCUACUCUUUCUGUGAAAGAAAAAAGUAUCAGCCUCGCUUGCAGUGUAAUGCUGGUUUCCAUUACAGAAAGACUAUUUGGCUAACACAAACAUGCAGACACAUUAAAUCCCAGAAUAUUCUGUUUAUAUAAUACACAUAAACCAGAAUAUGCAGCAGUGAGGAGUGACUAAUGUUUUUGUUUUUUUUUUUUUUAAGCUGAUGAUCAUACUGCUCCAGCUGUGUCAUGUCAGGUAAAGAAUACCAUGCUUGUUGCAUUAGUUAUGUAGAAGGUAAAAUGUUACUGCUGUAAUAAUGGGGAGGGAGGAGAAAGAGAAUAUUGGGUAUUUUUUUAUUUGUAGAUAUGGAUUAUUAUUUCAAAACCUAUUUAUAUGCAGUAUUACUCUGUAUACGCAUGUGCUACUGCUAUGAUGAAAAGCAUUUUAACACCUCAUUUUGAUCUGCUGAAUGCAUCAAGGGUAGAAAUAUCUAUUGUAAUA